AUGAACGAACACGAACACCAUAAGGCCCCCAACCACAGCCGACCUCUACUAUACGUCCCCAACACAUUAUGGACGCGAUUAUUUGCAGCAACGGUGGUCAUCGAGACGGUUCUCACAGUCGCAAUUGAAAGCUGGAUUCUCAUGAGCCUGUGGGACGACCUCGACAGCGACAGCGAAUCAAACGGAACAAUGCGCCUUCAGUCAUUUCUAGGCCUCUACAUUUUCGCUCUUCUAUACGAAUUGGCACUGUCAUAUGAUGCACUCCGCCGGAAGAACACAAUUCAGCUGGUCGGUCUCUGCAUCUGUAAUCAGGGCCUGUUCACAUAUGGCCUUCUCCAGAUGAAUGAGAUCAGGGAUACUAUCUCUAGCUCGACCAACAAAGACCUUGGCGACCGCUUGAAGGACUUGUAUCAUGUCGAAAUCGUUAUUGUCCCGGUGAUUCUGGGUGUCGGGACUGUGUGCAUGAUUUUUUUCACGUGGAAGUUGCGCGCGGAGUUUUCGUGGUCUAUAUACAAGAACGUCAGUGCGGACUUGCAGAUGAAACGUCGAUAUUUUACGUAUCAGGUGUAUAUCGCUCUCCUAAAAUUCGAUUUCUUCUUCGUAUUUGGAACUCAACUCCAAAUCCUCCUUGUUAUCUUCGAAGCCCCCGAAGACAUGGAUUUUGUCAUCAAUGCCUCUGUGAUCCCAAUCACGAUAGCGACCUUGGUCCUAUCAGCUCAAUUUUGCAAGCGCGAGAAAACGAAAUCUCUCAUGUUCAUGAUGUUCCUUAUGCUUCUUAUAGUUGGAUUCCUUGUCCUCAUCCUCCUUCGGAUGUACAGCCGCGACGACAGCACGGAUUUCAGCUCUUUCCGGACGUCCCUGACGUUAUUCGCAGGUGUCUCGUUGUUGCUGAUGGUUCUCACGAUCGUCAACUCCGUGAUGUGUAUCCUUAAUUUCAAUAAAGGAUUGAAAAAUCACGUCCACCCUCCUAAAAAGGGGAAAACGGUCUCGUUGGAGCUCGAAUCCCAAGAGACACCUACGCGGUUCUUGUUGAACUAG